AUGUCGGAGCAGCCUGAGCAGUGUGGGUGGGUGUCUGGGGCGGGGGGGGGCAGCACUGCCAGUGCCCCCCGGGCAUCCUCCUGCAGUGGUGCUGUGCGGUGGGAGCCGAGCGCGGCAGGCGACGUCCCUCCUGCCUCCGACUGCAGAUGCUUCUCCAUCCGCCUGGGAGAGCCCAAGUGCCACGGGCUGGGGCAGAUCUGGAAAAACCUGGCUCUGCGGGUGGUUUUCUGGGGUGUGGAAGGAGAAGGGAUCACCAGGAGCCUUGGUGGCAGCCAGGACUGCGGCGUGCCAGAGCAGGAGGGGAUGGAGAGCCAGAGCUCCAACUCCUCCUGUUACACGUUCAUCCUGGCAGGCGCCCUGGGGCUGGAGGCUUCCCACGUCUGGCUCUCCAUCCCUUUCACUUACACGUAUGUGGUGUCCAUCACGGGGAACGGCACGAUCCCGUCUCGGGACCGACCCGAGAGCCUUGGUGACCCCAUGUACCGAUUCCUGUCCAUGCUGGCAUUCACCAGUUUGGGUUUGUCUCUGCCUACACUAGCUGUGAUGAGUGUCUUCUGGGUCAACUACAGGGAGAUCAGUUUUGAUGCCUGUUUUGCUGAGCUUUACUUUGUUCAUUCCUUCUCCUUCAUGGAGUCCUCGGUGCUUCUGGCCACGGCCUGUGAUCGUUGUGUGGCCAUCUUCUACCUGCCGAGAUACUCCUCCAUCCUCACCAUUGCCAGGGUAGCCAAGAUUGGGCUGGCUGCUCUGUGCAGCUGCCUCUUAGAAGUGCUGCCCUCUCUCCUCUUGCUGAUAAGUCUGCCCUUCUGCCAGUCCCAUGUGCUCUCCCACGCCUACUGCCUGCAUCGGGACCUGACCAAGCCGUUAUGUGCAGACAUCAUAUUUAAUAGCGUGUAUGGGUUAGCUGCGGUCAUCCUCAUAGUGGUACCAAACCCAUGGCUCAAAGUUUUGCCAUACAUUACGAUUUGUAAGACAAUCGAGAACACAUCCCAGAGGGAGCGUCUCAAGUCUUUGAGCAACUGCCCGUCCCGUAUCCUGGCAGUCCUAAUCCUGUACAUCCCCAUGAUUCACCCAUCCAUGAUUCACCAUUUCGGCAAGCAUGCUGCCCCUCUCAUUCGUGUCCUCCUGGCCAACAUCUACCUGCUAGUUCCCCUCAUGCUGAACCCCAUCACCUACAGCAUAAAAACCAAACAGCUCUGCAGGGGCAUCCUCAAGGUCCUCAUGCCAAGGAAGAGCUUCUCCCCAUGGCACCACAGCACAUGA